AUGUUGGGCGAUGCUAACGAGUCUUCUUUCCCUACGGGGUCAGAUGUUAUUCGAAAAGAUUUUUACGUUGAUGAUCUCUUAACUGGUGCCGAUAAUCUCGAAACACUUAAAAUAAUGAAAUUCGAGAUUCAAGAAAUCCUUACAAAAGGAGGGUUUCAAUUAGCCAAAUGGUUUUCAAAUCAUCCAGAGUAUCUAAAUACUGAGAGUUCUGAAAAAUCAAUAAAUUUUAAUGAUUCAGACUACACAAAAACUCUGGGAAUUUGUUGGCACCCUAAAGAAGAUACAUUUAGCUUCAAUUUUGACAAUAAUUUCCAUGAUCUACGAGCUACUACGAGAAACAUACUAUCAGUUUCCGCUCGUCUUUUCGAUCCUCUUGGAUUGUUAUGCCCCAUAGUAACCAAAGCAAAAAUCUUAUUACAAGAGCUUUGGAUAGCAAAAAUUGAUUGGGAUGAGUUGAUUCCAUUGCGCCUUGAUACCAGUUGGCAAAAUUUCAAAACUAAUUUAUCUCAACUUGGCGAGAUAAAACUACCUAGAUUUGUCGAAACUCAUUCGAACGCAAAAAUUCAAGUUCAUGGGUUUGCCGAUGCUUCGACGAGAGCUUACGGUUGUUGUAUUUACAUCCGAAGCCAAAGCACGGCCGGUAUCAAGUCGACGCUAUUAACUGCAAAGUCUAGGGUGGCCCUUUUGAAAACAAAAUCGAUCCCUCGAAUAGAACUUUGCGCAGCGCAUACUCUUGCUAAGUUAUGGACAAGAGUAGAGGCAAUGUUGAGUCUUGACGUUGAACAAGUUAUUUUUUGGACCGAUUCCGAAAUAACUUUGCAUUGGAUAAAAACACAUCCAUCUACGCUUACAACUUUUGUAGCAAAUCGAGUGUCCGACAUCCAAGAGUGGGCACAAAAAGUAUCAUGGAGACAUGUACCAACAAAACAAAAUCCAGCAGACAUUCUGUCAAGAGGCUGUAAUGUUGAAGAAAUCAAUGCGUCAAUAUGGUUCAAAGGUCCACAGUUCUUAUUGAACGAACAAUCAUCGUGGCCGGUCAAUUCGCAUUUUGAGUUGUCUCCAGAAGAUGAAGCCUUAGAAAAACGUAAAACAAAUAUGGUUCUAAUAGCAGUAGAAAAACCUCGAACUAAACUUCUAGAUUUUAUAGAAGAAUAG